UUGGAAAUAAGACGUUUUUUCUUUUGGUAGGAGAGAUAUCGGUGUUCGCAUAAGCUGGCAAACUUCUUUCACUCGGGCAGUUUACUGCAGUAACCGGUGCGUGGCAGAACUUUAUAUCGUUUCAAUUCAGUGAUUUUGGGUUUGGAAUUUUUACCGGUAGAUAAAAAAAUGGCGAAACUCAUGGUACUUGUUGGUUUUUGCCUGGUGGGAUUUGGUGCCGGAAUGCCAGCGAGCAAUGAACAAUUAGAUAAGGCAACCGUUAACGAUGUCGCAAUAAACGCCGUGUCUGAAGAAAAGAAACCCGUAGAAGUACCGCAACAGCCGUCUACGGUGGAAAUUAGCGGAAUUUCCACGGGUAUCAAUCCGGCUCCUGCGAAUCCUGUAGCGCCGCAGGACAAUGGAGGAUUUAAGCCUCAAAGAGCCACUUCGAUGUUUGCCAGGAUAAUUGAUGAUAUUUUUCAGAUCCCAAUUACGGUUCUUCAAAAUGUAGCCAGGCUUAUAACGAAUCCCUUCAGUCAAGCGAGGAAAGAGGUGGCACCUGCAGCAUCUUAAAUGUCUGAAUUUAUGUGUUAUUAAUUUUAUAUUGUUCCAAAUUAUGUUAUAAUAUCUACGACACAUGAUACAAGCUAAUUACGAGACUCACUUUGUGCAAUUUAAGUUACAUAAUGAAUAUUCAUUGUCGCACUAAAUGAACUGAAGAACACCCAAGUUGAAUAUAUUCUGUAACAGAAUACAUAUUAUGUUCAACUUGGGUGUUCUUCUGUAACAGAAUAUAUUCAACUUGGGUGUUCUGAUUGAAAAAAUUGAAUAAUCGGUAUCAAGAAAAAUUUAAAGAAAUCAAUCAAUAAUAACACACCAAUGAUAUGCUUUAAAACGGAUUUAUUGUCGUUACAAAAUUAGCAGUUUUUUGUAUAUAAUGUUAAUAGAAUUUAUUAUAAUGUUUUAUAUGAAAAUAAAAUUAUAUCC